CAGAGGCUGUGUACCAGUGAUGGCUGGUGGACGACGUUAUCGUAGCUUCGUGCACAACAUUGUGCUGCUGCUCUGGGUCUGUCUCCACUAUGUCAAGGCUUCCAGUGGAAAACGCGUCAUUCACAAAAAAGUUGGAGAUACUGUGGAGCUUUCAUCAGGCUUAUCAACUGAAGGUGUGACUGCAGCAACGUGGAGAUAUGGAGGAAUAACAGUGGCAGACAAAGAUGAGGGUGUUUCUAAAGAGUCUCCAUUUAAGGACAGAUCAGAGCUGAACCCUGAAGACUUUACUUUAACAGUGAGAAAACUGACUCUUCAAGAUUCUGGUGAUUUCACUUUUGUCUCAGAGGUGAAUGAUGAGCAAAGGCCUUCAGUCAGCAUCACUCUGCAAGUUCAUGAUGUGGAGACUUCCAGUGGAAAACAUGUUAUUCAUAAAAAAGUUGGAGAUACUGUGGAGCUUUCAUCAGGCUUACCAACUGAAGGGGUGACUGCGGCAACAUGGAAAUAUGGAGAAAUAAUAAUUGCAGACAAAGUCAUUGAAAACAAUAUGGGUGUUUCUAAAAGAUCUCCAUUUAAGGACAGAUCAGAGCUAAACCAGGAAAACUUUACUUUAACAGUGAAAAAAUUGACUCUUCAAGACUCAGGUGAUUUCAUUUUUGUGUCAGCAACAAAAGAGAAACAAAGGGAUUCAGUCAUCAUCACUCUGCAAGUUCAUGAACCCAUAUCUAAACAGCCUGUCAUAAAAAUCAAUUCUACCUGGAUUUCCUCAAAUGAAUCAUGUAAAGUUCUGCUGGAGUGCAGCACAACUGGUGAUGUCAGCUACAAGUGGACUGUAGGAAAACAAACACUAACUGGUCCCAGGCAACAAUACAUCAUCAGGCAGGAUGGAGAGACCAAUGUCACCUGCACAGUUUCCAAUCAUGUCAGUGAGAAAUCUGCAUUUCAAACAGUGAAGUGCAGCAAAGAUAAUUCACACAGAAAAGAAACAGGUAUGUGGAGAGUGACUGAGGUUGUGAAUACAUGUAACUGCUCUGUUUAUAUAAUUUAUUAUUACUAUUUGUGA